GCUGUCUGGGGAGGAGACUGGAACUCUCUCAUUACAUUCACUCUACUCAAGACAUGAGCUGUUAUGUGGAGCAGGUCCUGAUAUGUCCUCCGCUGGGUUUACGCUACUACAGCGACGUCACAUCUGUGCCCCUGCCAUCCUUGGCAUUAGGAACCUCUGAGUAACAACAACGACUGCAGCCGAAGCCACCAUUACUGACCGGAGGAGCAUCAUGAACACUGCCAUUUAUCUCCUGAUGAUUCUGUUUGUUGUCGACUCAUUCCUCCUGGAGAAUGGUGAACCGAUCUGCAAGACUAUUAGUCGAACCGCCUUUUUUCAGUCUUGCAAAUUGACUCAAAUCCCUUGGGUACCAAUGAAUAUUACGUCACUGGUCUUAAGUAAUAAUUACAUUCCGGAAGUGAACGCCACAUCAUUUCCACCACUGCUGAACUUAACUAUGUUGAAACUGGAUGGUCAGAUAACUGGAAGGUUAAUAGUACGCAAGGAUAGUUUUAAAAAUGUACCUAAGCUGACUCACCUGGAUCUGUCCUACAAUAAAAUCCUGGUGCUCGAUCAAGAUGCCUUCACCGGCUUAUCACAUCUAGAAGAUCUUGUGCUGUACUACAAUCAGUUGAACGGAUCCUUUCUGGAAAACGAUUAUUUCAAGGAUUUGACCAACUUGGUAUUCUUAGACCUGUCAUAUAACAGCCUCACAUAUCUCAAACCCCAUCCUAAAUUUUAUAAUUUAUACAGACUUGAAUUAUUAGAUUUAAAGGGAAAUCAAAUAUCGAGACUUUGUGAAGGAGAUUUACACAGUUUCCAAUAUAACACAUUUACAGUUUUUGAUAUUUCAAAGAAUUGGCUUUAUAAAUUAGAUGUCACUGAUUGGGAACGCUGUGGGAAUCCCUUUAGAAAUAUUGAGUUUAAUACACUAAAUCUAGGUGGAAACGGAUUCAGUGAACCGACCACAAAAGCAUUGUGCAACGCCUUGAAUGGAACCAAAAUCGUUCAUCUAAAACUACGUAAUCACGGCAUGGGACCAGGUUUUGGCUUCAAAAACCUCAAGGAUCCAGAUAAUUCAACAUUUGCUGGACUCGAGAACAGUGACCUCACAAUCUUUGACAUAUCAGAUGGAAAAAUUUUUACUCUGCAGUCGGACGUAUUUGGAAAACUUUCUAAGCUUUUACUUCUUAAUCUUGCCCAAAACAAGAUAAACAUCAUUCAGAAGAAUGCCUUCCAUGGUCUUCAAAACUUACAAUACUUGAAUAUGUCCUUCAACCUGUUGGGUGAAUUAUAUAAUGAUGCUUUUGAUGGUCUCCCCAAUAUACAGCAGAUUCAUCUGAACAACAAUCAUAUUGGACCAAUACAGAAUGAUGCCUUUAAAAACCUCCCGAACCUGCUGUUUGUGGAUUUAACUAAUAACGCCAUUGCAAAUCUUCAAUUUUGUGAGUCUCUGCCAUUGAUGCAGUUUAUAGGUUUAAAGGAAAAUAAACUUAAUUCAGUUAAGGCUGCCAAAGUGAAGACUCCAACCAUUAAUCUUUCUGAGAACCAACUAACAAGUCUUGACGAUGUCUUUGAAUUUCUUAAGAACUCUCUCAUUGAAAAUAUCUCCCUUCGAAAGAAUCGACUGGCAAUCUGUAAUUAUCAAGUUAGUCUUCCAAAAGAAAAUUCACUCCAUUACUUAGAUCUAUCUGAUAACAUGAUUCAGCUGAUUUGGGAAGAAGGCAAAUGUUUGGAGAUGUUCAGGAACCUUAGUGUUCUUCAGACUUUAUAUUUAUCUAACAAUCAUCUUCGAUUCUUACCUUAUGGGAUUUUUGGUGGCCUGACAUCCUUACAAGUUCUUAACUUGUCAUACAACUUUCUCACAGAUGUCCCGUCAGACGUUUUGCCAGUCAGUCUUCACACUUUGGAUCUAUCUAGGAACCAAUUGUUUUCACCCAACCCAGAUGUGUUUCUUCAUUUAGGAACCAUUGACAUAACACAUAAUCAAUUUAUCUGUCUAUGUCCCCUUACAAAUUUUUUGAUAUGGUUGAAUGAAACUAAUACUACAGUAUUGGGUGACCGGAAGGACAUCUCCUGUGCAUAUCCCGACUACCUAAAGUCUAUACCGCUUGAUGAUCUUGUAUUUUCUGACUGUGAUGACCUUACUGUAUUAAGGCCACUCAUGUUCGCUUUAUAUGUGUUCAUGUCAUUUGUCAUUGUGACCUUUAUGACAACUGUGAUUGUAUAUAACCAUUUCCGAGGGUUUUUCUUUGGACUCUAUAAGAGACUGAUACAGUCUGUACCUAGGGAAGAGAAUCAAGAGGAAAAAACCUUCAAACAUGAUGCUUAUUUGUGUUAUGCCAAAAAAGAUUUCACGUGGGUUGAAAAUGUCUUCCUCAAAAACUUAGAUUCUGACUACGGUGAGCGGAACCGCUUCAAUCUGUGUUUUGAGGAAAGAAACUUUAUUCCUGGUGAAGAUCAUAUUGUAAAUAUUCGCGAUGCUAUUUGGAAUAGUAAGAAAACGAUUUGUGUUGUGACAAAGCAUUUCCUGCAGGAUGGAUGGUGCGUGGAGGCCUUUAAUUAUGCCCACAGUCGAUACUUUACCGAACUCAAAAAUGUUCUUAUCAUGGUUGUGGUAGGGUCUCUAUCAGAUUACCAACUGAGGAAAUAUAAGCCCAUCCGGGCAUAUUUACAGAGGUGCGCGUACCUGACGUGGCCUGAGGACGAUCAAGAUGUAGAAUGGUUUCUAAGCAGACUUUCCUAUAAAAUACUACAAGAAGAAAAAGUCAAAAACAGAGACGUAAAAGUCAGUUUAGUAAGCUCUACUAUAGAAUUACAACAAAUACAUGUUUCUUGAGCGGUCAUGAAAGAAUUCAUGGCCGUCCAGCACUUGACAUUCAUUGACACGUCACAACAUUCCUAAAAAGAGCAUCAUACUUUUCUGCAUGAUCACAUGUAGCCACCCACCAGAUGAACCAUGCUCCCAUGCUCCCAUAUAACCGUUUGUCUCGCAGAGUUUCAUCAUAUAAAAAUAUGGGGGUAUUUGGCAAUGAUACGGUUGGGUUUCUAUGAGUCAAGUAUUUCUAUAUAAACUAUAUCUGGAGUAUUCUCCUCUGGAAUAUUCUCCUCUUGAAGUAUUUUAUACUUGGAAUUGUUAUAUGAAGAUUUUCUUUGAAUCUAAAUCUAAAUCCUCCCUGUCUGCCAUCACGGGAAACAAGAAUCGGGCAGCUUGCAUUUCAAUAUGUUAAACCUUUUUGUUGAGCCUGGAGAUAAUCUUCUGCCAUAGUAUCCGGCUCCAGCUUGUCUCUACCAAUGCAAACAAUAAUGGAGUCCAUGCAUAUUUUUGGUGGAGGUUUGGAGAUAAAUCUAAUUCUGCAUUUAAACUGCCUGACCUAGCAGGCAAUUAUCAGGAAGGGAUAAUUUGCAUUUUAGAUCAUACAUUCUUGUAUGCAAUGAGAUAAUGAGUUUUAUUAGUCUAGUUGUAUCACACAAUUCAACACUUAUUUGACUACUUUACGCUACAGUGGAUCAUGACCCCCCUAGGCAGCUCUGCAAGUGGAGGCAAUCAGUCCUGCCCACAUUCUAGGAUAGCUCGCUUGCGGCCAUUUUAAAUCACUCCUGGUGUUUCCCUUUAAAGAGGCUGUCCAGGAUUUUAGAAUCUUCCGGAUAGGCCAUCAAUAUCUGAUCUUCGGGGAUCCCACACCCCACACCCCCAAAGAUCAGCUACUUUGUGGUAGGUCAAGUGAAGAAGUUGGUGCUGGAACUACACAGCUCUGUGGUGUGAUGUGUAGUAGCUGUGUAGUUCUGGCGCUGCCUUCUGGGUCAGACCCCAGACGAUCAGAUAUUGAUGUCCUAUUCUGGACACCUCGUUUAAGCUUUGUGAAGAGAAGCAUUAUGUCACAUGGCUAGACACCCCUUUCUACGUGAAACCAAAAGAGUCUCUAAGGUGAGGAGAUGUUUUUACAAACUCUUGGUACAUGGUACCCCUGCUCUUUUACCCAGACAUCUGGUGGUGCCACUACAUGGGGCCACCGAUUUUGUCUCUUACCAUUGGGCUGGAGGUCCUGGCACUCCUUAUACCUCUCCUUUGGACAACCGAGGUCACCAUGUGACCUACUUUAAGUAGAUAGUGGUGCAAUGUGCCCACUAGAUAAAACGUGAUUGGGAAUCUGGAAGAUGCUUCAGUCUGGAUCCUACUAUUGUGGACCACUAUGACAAAUAUUUCCAUGGGCAAACUUGUAGAUGACAUGUCUGGUAUCCUUGAAAAAAGUUCUGCUACAACAUGUGGCUAUCACACUGCAGGUGGGUCAGAUAAAGAAUCUUUUGCAAGAUAUUGGAUAUAUGUGAUGUCAUCUACAAGUUUGCAUUUGAAAUUUGGCCCUGUGGGGGGUUCAUGGUACUUGACAGAGUGACACCAGCCCAAAGCUGGGGCAUCUAUGCUGUUCCAUUGCUGCAAUUUCUAGAUCACUCCAUGACUUAAAAGGGUAUUAAUCUUAUUGUCUUUUUACUGCGCUAUACAAUACCUCAUUUUUUAUCUCACUUUGAAUGUUUUGUAUGUGUUAGUCAAUAUGUACCUCUCAUGUCCCACAGCGGAGGCAGCCAUAUUAACUGGACGAGUAGCCAUCUAUUAGGCACUGACUGGAUAGUUAAACAUAAAGGGUUUUAAGCAUCAGUGAAUAGAGGGGUCUCCCAGUUUCAGACCCUUAUCUAUCACCCAAAGCAGAGGGCGCCUGCAGAGAGUCGUUCUCGCUCUGGAGGACCCAGCAAGCCCAUGCAUUACAUAGACAGCCCAUUGAUUUCAAUAGUGUAAUUCUUCAUUUCCCCUGCGGUGGCACUGCAAGGAAUUGAACACGUAUCAUUGGGGUCCUUCCUAGAUUACAGAUGAUCAGUGAGGGAUCCAGCAGUGGGACAUCCUGU